AUGUCCAAGCCCCUCCUCGUCAUCUUCGGCAUCACAGGCCAACAAGGCUCCUCCCUAGCCACCCACAUCCUCACCGACCCGCUCCUCUCCAAAACCUACUCCCUCCGAGGCAUCACCCGCGACCCAAGCAAACCCGACGCCCAAGCCCUCCAAUCCCGCGGCGUGGAGCUGGUGAAAUGCGACCUCGACGACCGCGCCUCCAUCCGCGCCGCCCUGCAAACCGCCCACACCGUCUUCGCCAUGACGGCCACGAUGUACAAGCCCGGUGGCAUGGAGCAGGAGCUCGCGCAGGGGAAAGCCAUCGCGGACGAAGCGGUGGCUGCUGGGGUGCAGUUUUUCGUUUAUAGCGCUGUGCCUUCGCCGAGGAAGAUUUCGAGGGGGAAGUAUCUUGUGGAUUCUUUUGAUAUUAAGGAUGAUGUGAAGGAUUAUAUCGAGGGGUUGCCGUUGAGGAGUGCGUUCUUUUGGCCGGGGUCAUUCAUGCAAAACUUCCACGGAGAGUUGGCGCCACGGCCUGGUCCGGAUGGCUCUCUCGCAAUCACGAAUUUCGUCUCGCCUACAACCAAGUACCCCCUCAUCGACAUCGCCGGCGAUACAGGCAAAUUCGUUGGCGCGAUGCUAGCGGAGCCCGAUAAGUACGUUGGCAAGACGGUCUGCGCAGCAACUCGCACGUACACCAUGACGGAGAUGUGCGAGAUCAUGAGUCGAUCGUGUGGCAAGAACAUUGCGUACAAUCAGGUGCCCAAAGAUGUGUUCGCUGGCUUUGUCCCGGAGGCAAUUCGGGAGACGCUUUUGAAUAUGCUGGCGUAUUUCGAGGAGUUUGGAUAUUAUGGCCCCGAGACGGAGCAGCUGGUCGGUGUUGCGGCAAAUGGUGCCAGAAGAAAGCCGGUUGAGUUUGAGGAGUAUCUGAAGAGAGAUCCCCUGAAGGUCUGA